GCCCAGCCGGGGAGCGCCCCGCCGAGGGGAGGCCCCGCAGCCCAGCCAUGGGGGACACCUUCAUCCGCCACAUCGCCCUUCUGGGCUUCGAGAAGCGCUUCGUCCCCAGCCAGCACUACGUGUACAUGUUCCUGGUGAAGUGGCAGGACCUGUCUGAGAAGGUGGUCUACCGGAAGUUCACGGAGAUUUACGAGUUACACAAACUGUUAAAGGAAAUGUUUCCUAUCGAGGCGGGGGACAUCAACCCACAGAACAGGAUCAUCCCCCACCUGCCAGCCCCACGGUGGUUCGACGGGCAGCGGGCCGCCGAGAGCCGCCAGGGCACCCUCACCGAGUACUGCAAUGCCCUCAUGAGCCUGCCGGUCAAGAUCUCCCGCUGUCCCCAACUCCUCGACUUCUUCAAGGUGCGCCCCGAUGACCUCAAGCUCCCUACGGACAGCCAGACGAAAAAACCAGAGACCUACCUGGUGCCGAAAGACAACAACAGCGUUUCGGACAUCACGGGCCCCAUCAUCCUGCAGACGUACCGGGCCAUCGCCGACUUCGAGAAGACUUCGGGCUCCCAGAUGGCUCUGGCCACGGGGGAUGUGGUGGAUGUCGUGGAGAAGAGUGAGAGUGGCUGGUGGUUCUGCCAAAUGAAGACAAAGCGAGGUUGGGUCCCGGCGUCCUAUUUGGAACCCCUGGACAGUCCUGACGAGUCAGAGGACCCAGAGCCCAACUACGAAGGUGAGCCCUAUGUCACCAUCAAAGCUUAUACCGCCGAGAUGGAGGACGAAGUGUCUCUGCAGGAGGGAGAAACCAUCGAGGUCAUUCAUAAGCUCCUGGACGGUUGGUGGGUCAUCAGGAAAGAUGACAUCACAGGCUACUUCCCAUCCAUGUACCUACAGAAGUCUGGGCAGGACGUAGCCCAGGCCCAGCGGCAAAUCAAGAGCCGAGGGGCACCUCCCAGGAGGUCGUCCAUCCGCAACGCGCACAGCAUCCACCAGCGGUCUCGGAAGCGCCUCAGCCAGGACACCUACCGGCGCAACAGUGUCCGCUACCUGCAGCAGCGUCGCCGCCCGGGGCGGCCGGGACCGCGGAGCGCAGCCAGCCCCCACCGGGAGCAGCAGGAGAGCGAGCGCGCAAAGCCACAGCCCGCAGUGCCCCCGCGUCCCAGCGCAGACCUCAUCCUGCACCGCUGCAGCGAGAGCACCAAGCGGAAGCUGGCGUCGCCGGUCUGAGGCCGGGCGGCUUCCCCGAGGUGGUGUCCUGGCUUCUCCGCCCUGCCCCGCCCCCUCCCUGUAUACACCUGUACAGACCCAGAAGUCUGGAUGCCUCGGGCAGCCCGGCCCGGCCCGGCUAACUGUU